GAAAAAGAAAAUGAUGCAGAAUCUGUAAAACACAACACUGAAAAGAGCAGCAGUAAGCUGAAGCUGGUUGAGCCCGUGAAAGAAGAAUGCCCAUCUAUUGAUUCAGACCUGGAUGCUAUGUCAGAUGUGACAGUUAGUUCAGUCCACACCAGUGACUUGUCCUCAUUUGAAGAAGAAAGUGAUGAUGAAGAUGAGGCUGUGUCAGACAGCACAGAAGAGGGUGAAAUUACUUCUGAUGAUGAAGAGAAAGCGGAUACUCAAAAUAAAGCUAGCGAACAGAGUGAAACAAAAGCAAAGGGCACUCGGCACGCCUAUGUGCACAAACCGUACCUGUAUUCCAAGUAUUACAGUGACUCUGAUGAUGAGUUGACUGUGGAGCAGCGCAGACAGUCUGUGGCCAAGGAGAAGGAGGAAAGACUGUUAAGGCGGCAAGUGAAACGAGAGCGAUUGGAAGAAAAGCGCAAACAAAAAGCAGCAGAG